UGUUACACUUUCAUGCAUGUACGUUUUGAACAGUACGAUAGUACAUAAUUGACUGCUGAGGUUAUACAGAGCAAAAUAUAAUCUACGAUUUGACGCACGAUAAAGAUUUUAAACAACGAAUGUAAUUAAUAGCGUUAAACGUGCUGAUUUGUACAUGGUCGAGAGCAUGUCGUGGUUUAUGAAUACAGUGCGCGCAACUAGUAAUAUUUGGGUGCCACAAGUGAUACCUGUGAGAUUUCGCUAUCAUGCUGACAAGGUAGCAAGGGGAACACUUUUAAGACGUUAUGGCUAUAAAGAUCCUAUAGAUAUGAAAGGAUUGCUACCUCGCAAUGAAGACAGAAUAUUACCCAUGCCAAUAUAUAGACCAAAGAAUGCUUGGUCAGAAACCAAAGCAUUAUUUGGCCAGAAUGAUUAUAUCGAUAUCUUGGGUUCUGAUAAUCUUCAUCCGACUAAAAUUAUGUAUAAUGUGCCGUCUUGGCUGAGAGGAGUAAGUGGAAAUGAAUAUCAAGUAUUGCUUAGAAAAAGGAAAAUGUGGCAAAGUGGCAUAUUUCCAAUAGCAAGGCCAACAAAAUGGAAAGAACUACAAAAGAGAAUAAAAUACUUGUACAAGUACUUAAAUAGAAAAACUAAAACUUUCACCGACAAUACACAAUAAUGUACACUUUUAUGAAAAAUUAUAAUUGAUGUAUUAUAGCAACACAAAUGUGUCCUAUCUUUAUUUUCAUAAUAUUCAAACUUUCAGAUAAUAACGAUACAUGUCAUAACAGAAUAUAAAAUAAUAAAUUUAUUUAUUGACAAAUAACUUUGUUAGUCAGAUAUACGAUUUUUAUUUGCAGUUAUGAAAUAAUGUAAAUAUUCUUUCCGCCUAAAUUCUUGCUAUCGAAGUCUAUUGUAAAAAUGUAGAUGAGUACUCGCUUAUAUAUACACACACAGUUAAGCAUCGAAUGAUGAUAGCUACGAUAUACA